AUGGCUGCUCCUUCCAAGUACGAUAACUACGAUUUCCCGACCACAGCGCCGGAGGCUCAGUCUGGCCAUCCCGGCCACACCACCCCAGAGCAAGAUGCGAAGGUGGAACAGCUCCGGAGCGAGCUGGAGCAGCUUGGCUACACUGAGAGACUGGACACUUUGACUCUGCUGCGCUUCUUGAGAGCCCGCAAGUUCGAUGUCGCCCUCGCCAAAGCUAUGUUCAUUGACAGCGAGAAGUGGCGGAAAGAGUUCGGGACCGAUGACCUGGUCCGCACUUUUGACUAUACCGAGAAGCCUCAGGUCUUCGAGUAUUACCCUCAGUACUAUCACAAGACGGAUAAGGAUGGCCGGCCCGUUUACAUUGAAAAGCUUGGCAAGAUCGAUCUCACUGCCUUGAACAAGAUCACCACCGAAGACCGUAUGCUUCAGAACCUCGUGACUGAGUAUGAGAAGCUCGCCGAUCCCCGCCUGCCCGCCUGCUCGCGCAAGGCCGGCAAGCUCCUGGAGACCUGCUGCACUAUCAUGGACCUCAAGGGCGUCGGAAUCACCAGCGCCCCAUCCGUGUACGGCUACCUCAGCAAGGCGUCUGGUGUCUCCCAGAACUACUACCCCGAGCGUCUGGGUAAGCUCUAUCUGAUCAACGCUCCCUGGGGAUUCAGCGGCGUGUUCAGCUUCGUGAAGAAGUUCCUCGACCCCGUUACCGUCAACAAGAUCCACAUUCUGGGCAGCAACUACAAGAAGGAGCUGUUGGAACAGGUCCCUGCCGAGAAUCUCCCUGAAGAGUUCGGAGGUUCUUGCAAGUGCAGCGGCGGCUGCGAGUUCAGUGAUAUGGGACCUUGGCAGGAGCCUGAGUGGGCCAGGCCCCCCAAGUGGGCUGCCCCCAAGGAGGAACAGGCUGUGGCCAAGACCGAGGAGCCGGUUGCUGAGGUUCCCCAGCCUAGCGCAUAG